AUGAAGUACCUGAUAUGUAGGCUAUUUCCUCCUGUGUCUGACCCAAUGAGUUGGCAAAAUCCCAGGAUGUGUGUAGGUAUGUGUUCAGUAAACUCUUGUGAAUGAUUAGUAAUUUUGUCCUUUGGUCUUUAAAUGUUAGAGUUGAACAAAAUUAUUUAUGGAUUUGCAUUCUGUUUGUGAAGUCUGGACUAAAAUUGACAUAUGGUGAGGUUGUAACAGCAGUUUUCUGGUUGUCACUAGUUACCACAGCCACAAAGUUGGAUUUAAAACAUAGUUUCAGAGAAAUUCUCUGACUGCUAUAGUAAGCUGUGUCAUGAGAGGAGGUGAUGCUCAUCACAGAGAUACAACUGAGUCCUUUGUGACAUGGUGUGAGGCCAAUUACCUGCACCUGAAUGUACUGAAGACCAAGGAGCUAGUGGUAGAUUUUAGGAAAAAUAAAUAUGUUUUUAAUUCCAUUUUUAUUAAUGGUGAAGAGAUUGGUACUGGGGACUCGUACAAGUACUUGGGUGUAAUAGUGGACAACAAACUGAACUGGAACGAGAACUCCCACAGUGUUUACAAAAAAAAACAAUCCAGAUGGUACUUUUUAAGGAAGUUUAGCUAGAUCUUUUAAUGUCUGUGACAAAAUGCUUCGCAUGUUCUACAGCAGUGUUUUGGCAAGUGUAGUGAGCUAUGCCAUUGUGUGCUGGAAAGAGAACUUAAACAAGCUUGACAAAAUCAUCAAGAAAGCCAGUGCUACAAUUGGCUGCAGCCUGGAAUCAAUGCAGGACAUGUUCAUAAAAAGACUGCAUGCAAAAACACACAUGAUCAUGGACAAUGACAUACACCCACUCCACAGCACUCUAAUGCAACACAAGUCCAGCUUCAGUAGCAGGUUCAUCCUGCCUAGAAGUUCUACAGAGAGGUUUAGACUGUCAUUUUUACCCACAGCCAUGAAGCUUUUUAACAAAUGUAAUUGAUGAACUGUUUUAUGUCUUCCUAUUGUUUUUGCUUGUUUUUCCUCUAAAGUAGGAUAGAAAACAGCACUUGAAUCAGACUAUUAUUUUACGGAUACUAAGGUGCAGGUGCCUUCAUGUGUCUUAAUCUUACAUUAUUGAUGAUGCAUGCUGUGAUAAAACAAUUUCCCAAAUUGGGAUUAAAGGAGGCAAACUGCUAUUGUUCCUUUAUUUUCUCUGGAGUAAUAUUGUAUUUCCUCAUAUUUGAUUUGUUCUAUGGCAGUGUCGGGAAGUUGCACAACUUUCAUUGUUUCUUUUGUAAUAAAAGUUUAUUUUUCAGGAUGAUGCUUUUCUUCUCCCACUGUAGGCCAUUUCUACUACAGGUCCCUAAGUGUUGAUUCCUGUUACAUUGCAGUUUUCAAGGAAAUUAUAAAGGAAGGCCAAUAGAAUUAGGCUAGGCCCUAGGAAGCCUAUGGGAAGCCACCUGUGACACUUGCAUUGAUCAUUGGAGCUGUGUUGUGUCAUCAUUGACAAUGGACAUCUAUUAGGCCAGUCAAGGCACAUUUCUGAGGUCAGGACCUUCUGAAAUGGGAAUAGACAUAGUUUUUGUUGUCUUGAUUAGGUUGACCAAUCCUUGUCCUGAAGGGCUGUGGAACCUGCAGAUUCUUGUUGUUUCUUAUCCUGGAUGAAUCCUUAUUCUGGCGGUUUUAGCUAGGAAGAUGGCUGGAGGUAGCCUGAUGGAAUCAUCCUGAUCACUGCGUUCAUCGUUCUGUUGAUGUGAAAUAGAAUGAUGAACGUAGCAAUCAGGAUGGUUCCACCAGGCUAGGCUGAAAGUGUAGUCUUCCCCUGCUCUGUAUUGAUGGUUCUCCUUGAUGAGGAUUUUUUCACUUGAGCUGAGAGGAGGUAUGCCUACUGGUUGGGCCCGGCUUGUCUGAGCCUUUGUUUCAACCAUGAGACAAAAAGGGAAAACUCUUUCACUGUUAAUUUCCUGAUUUGAAAUUGUGGAACUUUUCAGGCAGGUUCUGCAGUGUUUAAAGAAGUAGCCUAAUGUUUUGAAACCUUUCUUCUCUCCCAUUCCUUGCAGGUGUCAUGAAUAAAGAGAUCAUGUCUCGUGUGGUGAAGAAGAGGCAGGCAGACCCUAAAGUGGUCCAGUACGUGUGGGCUGCCAUUGAGGUCAUCCGCAACCAGAAACAAAUUGCCAACAUGGACAGGAUCUCAAAGUAAGUGCUGCAGUCAUACUAGUUCUGUUCCAAUACGCUUGGAAAGUGGAGACGUCACAUACGCCAAAGAGUAGGCCUAAGCAUUAGUGGAGACACCUUGCCAUUUUCAAGCCAAAAUGACGAGGUGUCUCUAGUUGUUUACAAUUGUGAUACACCUUCCAUGCAUAGCCUAUUCACUUUCAAUACAUAUUGAGUUUGGUGGAUGGUGGUUGGUCUUACCCACCGUGCUCUCAGGGUCAUGCUUGAUCAAUAGGUGAAAUGAGGAUGGUUUCAUGGUUCAAUACUUGACAUGGAAUUUAUUUUGCUUAUUGACGUUUAGACUACAGGGCUUGACAUUCAGAUACAUUUGCCAGUGGCACACCAAUCACAGGAAAGCAAGUUAUGCACGCAAAAUUUCAAUCAUGGGUGAUUUCAUGUUUCAUUUGCAGUCUGGGCAAGCACCGUAUAGCCUAUAGCCAACCAUAAAAUCUGAUAUUUAAACUGAUUGUUUGGAAAACAAAAUUAAAACCAUCCCCCCUCUCAAUGAUGACAUAUAGCCUUAACAAAUGAAACCGUUUCAAAUGUAAUAUUCCCCACCAGAAAUUAGCCCAAUAACAUAUUGAUGAAAAGUCAUAUAUUUAGGGCCAGUACAUGGUCCAUAUUGCAGGCAGGUGUACUAUUUUAGCAAUAAGCAUUAUCACCUGUAGCCUGAUGCAGUAUCGUGGCUACAUGGCUGAAGCAUUGGGUUGCUAAUCUGCAUUGUUUACCCCAAUGGGCUAAUCAUUAGCUACAGUGCAGUCGGAAAGUAUUCAGACCUCUUCCCCUUUUCCACAUUUUGUUACGUUACAGCCUUAUUCUAAAAUUGAUGGAAAAAAAAUGUUUCCUCAUCAAUCUACACACAAUACCCCAUAAUGACAAAGCGAAAACAGUAUUAUUAUUUUUUGCAAAUGUAUAUAAAUAAAAAAAAGAUACCUUAUUUACGUAAGUAUUCAGACCCUUUGCUAUGAGACUCGAAAUUGAGCUCAGGUGCAUCCUGUUUACAUUGAUCAUCCUUGAGAUGUUUCUACAGUCCACCUGUGGUAAAUUCUAUUGAUUGGACAUGAUUUGGAAUGGCACACACCUGUCUAUAUAAGGUCCCACAGUUGACAGUGCAUGUCAGAGCAAAAACCAAGCCAUGUGGUCGAAGGAAUUGUCCGUAGAGCUCCGAGACAGGAUUGUGUUGAGGCACAGAUCUGGGGAAGGGUACCAAAACAUUUCUGCAGCAUUGACGGUCCCCAAGAACACAGUGGUCUCCAUCAUUCUUAAGUUUGGAACCACCAAGACUCUUCCUAGAGCUGGCUGCCCGGCCAAACUGAGCAAUCGGGGAGAAGGGCCUUGGUCAGAGAGGUGACCAAGAAUCCGAUGGUCACUCUGACAGAGCUCCAGUUCCUCUGUGGAGAUGGGAGAACCUUCCAGAAGGACAACCAUCUCAGCAGCACUCCACCAAUAAGGCCUUUAUAGUAGAGUGGCACUGUAGAUAACAUACUCUAAAUAUGAUCUUGUUGCUUGUUUAAUGUCCUAAAAAACUCCCACUGUCACUAGCUUAAUAAAAUCAUGUGGUUUUUACAGUGUUUAUAAAUACAGAGCAAUUGUGUGAGUUUUACAGUGAAUAUAGGCCUACCGUCUAUGCACUCGAAUGGCCGAGACACACUUCCCGUGGUUACUUUGUUUACUGUCACGUAAAACACUGCCAAUUGCGCAAAAAUUAGAGUUGAGAAAUAAAUCAAACAGCACUGGAAAGCUGGGAUCCCGCUCUUUUCAAUAUUUGCCAUCAAAACUGUUGUUUUUUCCAAGAUUGCAUUUAGGAAUGUUGCUCAGUGACUGGGCUUAUUAGAACACAUGAGGAGUUGCGGGCUCUUGCCACCCGACAGUUGAUAUUCCACUUAUAAAUAAACAACAUACAGUGAGGGAAAAAAGUAUUUGAUCCCCUGCUGAUUUUGUACAUUUGCCCACUGACAAAGAAAUGAUCAGUCUAUAAUUUUAAUGGUAGGUUUAUUUGAACAGUGAGAGACAGAAUAACAACAAAAAAAUCCAGAAAAACGUCAAAAAUGUUAUGAAUUGAUUUGCAUUUUAAUGAGGGAAAUAAGUAUUUGACCCCCUCUCAAUCAGAAAGAUUUCUGGCUCCCAGGUGUCUUUUAUACAGGUAACGAGCUGAGAUUAGGAGCACACUCUUAAAAGGGAGUGCUCCUAAUCUCAGCUUGUUACCUGUAUAAAAGACACCUGUCCACAGAAGCAAUCAAUCAAUCAGAUUCCAAACUCUCCACCAUGGCCAAGACCAAAGAGCUCUCCAAGGAUGUCAGGGACAAGAUUGUAGACCUACACAAGGCUGGAAUGGGCUACAAGACCAUCGCCAAGCAGCUUGGUGAGAAGGUGACAACAAUUGGUGUGAUUAUUCGCAAAUGGAAGAAACACAAAAUAACUGUCAAUCUGCCUCAGCCUGGGGCUCCAUGCAAGAUCUCACCUCGUGGAGUUGCAAUGAUCAUGAGAACGGUGAGGAAUCAGCCCAGAACUACACAGGAGGAUCUUGUCAAUGAUCUCAAGGCAGCUGGGACCAUAGUCACCAAGAAAACAAUUGGUAACACACUACGCCGUGAAGGACUGAAAUCCUGCAGCGCCCGCAAGGUCCCCCAGCUCAAGAAAGCACAUAUACAGGCCCGUCUGAAGUUUGCCAUUGAACAUCUGAAUGAUUCAGAGGAGAACUGGGGGAAAGUGUUGUGGUCAGAUGAGACCAAAAUCGAGCUCUUUGGCAUCAACUCAACUCGCCGUGUUUGGAGGUGGAGGAAUGCUGCCUAUGACCCCAAGAACACCAUCCCCACCGUCAAACAUGGAGGUGGAAACAUUAUGCUUUGGGGAUGUUUUUCUGCUAAGGGGACAGGACAACUUCACCGCAUCAAAGGGACGAUGGACGGGGCCAUGUACCGUCAAAUCUUGGGUGAGAACCUCCUUCCCUCAGCCAGGGCAUUGAAAAUGGGUUGUGGAUGGGUAUUCCAGCAUGACAAUGACCCAAAACACACGGCCAAGGCAACAAAGGAGUGGCUCAAGAAGAAGCACAUUAAGGUCCUGGAGUGGCCUAGCCAGUCUCCAGGCCUUAAUCCCAUAGAAAAUCUGUGGAGGGAGCUGAAGGUUCGAGUUGCCAAACGUCAGCCUCGAAACCUUAAUGACUUGGAGAAGAUCUGCAAAGAGGAGUGGGACAAAAUCCCUCCUGAGAUGUGUGCAAACCUGGUGGCCAACUACAAGAAAUGUCUGACCUCUGUGAUUGCCAACAAGGGUUUUGCCACCAAGUACUAAGUCAUGUUUUGCAGAGGGGUCAAAUACUUAUUUCCCUCAUUAAAAUGCAAAUCAAUUCAUAACAUUUUUGACAUGCGUUUUUCUGGAUUUUGUUGUUGUUAUUCUGUCUCUCACUGUUCAAAUAAACCUACCAUUAAAAUUAUAGACUGAUCAUUUCUUUGUCAGUGGGCAAACAUACAAAAUCAGCAGGGGAUCAAAUACUUUUUUCCCCCACUGUAGCUCAUUAAAUGCUUCGGGAAUUUAUCAGUUUUUUAAAACAAUUAUAUAGACUACAGAAUAGCAUUAUUAGGUUACAAAAGUGAUGAAAUCACCAACAAGUGAUUUGUGUAAAUAAUGUUCAUGUCUUGACAAGCAAGCAGCUACAUAGUAUAUGCCUAGGUGUACGUAAACCUUUAAUUUCUAAUAAUGACAUCGCUGUGUAGGAUGUCUCAUAUGAAAAAAGACUGAAAAGCAGGUGGAAGACUUUUAUUCUGUGAUUGUGGAAUGCGUGUGCCGAAGUUCAACUCUGCGGGUCUGACUCGAGUAUCCAGGCCGUACUGAGGUGGGGUUCACUUAAGACUGAGGGAAAAGGCUUUGACAUUCUUGCCUCCGCUUGGAAACCGAAUGCUGGUUGAUAACAAGUGUGAAGUGUCAGACGUUGCGAAGAUUGUGAAGGAUUAAAUAUAAAUGUUCUGUUUUGGAGUUUGAAAAUGUAAUGGCCUUAGCGGGUCAUAUGAAAGCUAGAUUAACUGGCACGGUGAGCUCGGCAGAUGUUGCCGGGCCAAUGGGCAGCUCUGAAUGUUGAGCCCUGAGACAAUAAAUGAAUUCAACCAACCUAUAUUGUAGAAUCAGACCUGAUGAAUAUAUAAUUCGAUUUAGACCCUAAGAGUUAGGUCCUAUCAUAUAGUUUUUUUAUUAUACAUGAUCGUUAUGUGAUAUUCUUACAGUCUAGUCUAAAUUAAUUCAUGGCGAAAUCCAUGGCUGAUCAGUCAUUAUUUUCUGUUAAUUUAAUAGGAAUAUGGCUAAAUGAAAUCAUCAGGCAGACAGAGAGCCCUGGGAGUUGGCCACUCACCGAAUGAAUGCCACAGAGUGGCUGUUGUCAUGGAGAUAAAGCGAUGAAAUUCAGUGGCAGGCACUGCUGAACUGUCUUAAUGUCUUAAAACUAGACAUUUUGUGUUUGAAUGUAAGAGGUGGUGACAUUGAGAGUCCAUGAAAAUACAGUUUAAUAUGAGAACAAAGGCAUAAAGGAAUGAGAGAGGAAAUUGUGUUAUCUCUUUACAUUAGGUCCUAGAUGUGAAAAGGUUCCAUCUGUCUGUGCAGAACAUGAAUAGUUGUCUGAUAAAAAGGCACAGUCAUUAGUGGUAGUAUAGGUCUAACUAUUCUAUGUUAUUUGAGCAUGUACUGGACUUCACUGUGAUGAUGAGUUUCCAGUGCAGGUAGCAAUAUUUCUCUGGAGGAUAAGCCAGGCCCUAUGUCAAGAUUUGUAAUUGGCAAAGCGAUGCCUUCCUUGGCAAUGCAGUGGCACUCUUGUCUAGAGCUGCUUCUGUUCUAUUCUCGCUCAUUUCCCUUGUGAAUUGCAUAUUUGGUUGGAGGUGUAUGCGUUUCCCCUUGGUUGAGUUGAGUUAGAGAACGCAGGCAGAGGCAGUGAUGUUGGUGUGCUGUGUCUGUGCAGGUACCUGAGCCGUGUGUUUGGCAUGCACCCCAAGGAGACGGCCAGGCAGCUGAGUCUGGCAGUGAAGGAUGGCCUGGUGGUGGAGACUCUCACUGUGGGCUGUAAGGGCUCCAAGGCCGGCAUCGAACAGGAGGGCUACUGGCUGCCUGGAGACGAGCAGGUAAGAGAGGGGUUUUACCCUGUAGUGAUAACCCAAACCCCAUAGGACAAGGGUGCACUCCCUGAUCAACACCGCUAUGGUUCAGAAGAAACAUACUUAGUUUCUUACUUACUUCAAGGAAUUCUGCCUUUAUUAAAUGUUUGUCAUUUGUAUUUAGUGUCUUGUGUGUAUAUCUGCUAUGCUAGACAACUUACAUGCAAACCUCACCGGCCACGUUGCGUGCGCAAGCGUUGCAAAAUAAAUGUACACAUACAUGUUAUUCAAUCAUUUCACCCACACCGCUCGUGUGAACGAGCGUCUGCGUAGCUAAGCGCUAAAAUAUAACUUAAUUCUAUUUGAGACGCUCCACACGUUGCAAGUCCCCUCCUUAUUGGAUAUCAGAAAGAUACAAACCCACGUGGAUGCUUGAAAGACAAAUGAGGAGAGAUUAAUUAAAGAUCACUAACUAAAAACAAACUAGUUUUCCCUUUUUAUCUGUGGAUUAAUCGUCUGAGUAGAGAAACACACGAUUUUGUAUGACUCCGGGUCAAAAUUCUACAAAGAUCCAGCAAAAAAAAGGACCAUAUACAGUACCAGUCAAAAGUUUGGACACAUUACUCAUUCAAGGCUUUUUCUUUAUUUUUACUAUUUUCUACAUAGUAGAAUAAUAGUGAAGAUAUCAAAACUAUGAAAUAACACAUAUGGAAUCAUGUAUUAACCAAAAAAGUGUUAAACAAAUCAAAAUAUAUAUUUUAUUUGAGAUUCUUCAAAUAGCCACCCUUUGCCUUGAUGACAGCUUUGCACACUCUUGGCAUUCUCUCAACCAGCUUCACCUGGAAUGCUUUUCCAACUGUCUUGAAGGAGUUCCCACAUAUGCUGAGCACUUGUUGGCUGCUUUUCCUUCACUCUGCCGUCCGACUCAUCCUAAACAUCUGAAUUGGGUUGAGGUCGGGGAUUGUGGAGGCCAUGUCAUCUGAUGCAGCACUCCAUCACUUUCCUUCUUGGUAAAGUAGCCCUUACACAGCCUGGAGAUGUGUUAUGGGUCAUUGUCCUGUUGAAAAACAAAUGAUAGUCCCACUAAGGCCAAACCAGAUGGGAUGGCGUAUCGCUGCAGAAUGCUGUGGUAGCCAUGCUGGUUAAGUGUGCCUUGAAUUCUAAAUAAAUCACAGACAGUGUCACCAGCAAAGCACCCCCACACCAUAACACCUCCUCCUCCAUGCUUUACAGUGGGAAAUUCACAUGCAGAGAUAAUCCGUUCACCCACACCGCGUCUCACAAAGACACGGCGGUUGGAACCAAAAAUCUCCAAUUUACACCGGUCUAAUGUCCAUUGCUCGUGUUUCUUGGCCCAAGCAGGUCUGUUCUUCUUAUUGGUGUCCUUUAGUAGUGGUUUCUUUGCAGCAAUUCGACCAUGAAGGCCUGGAUCACACAGUGCCCUCUGAACAGUUGAUGUUGAGAUGUGUCUGUGACUUUACAGUGAGGAAAAACAAGUAUUUGAUCCCCUGCUGAUUUUGUACGUUUGCCCACUGACAAAGAAAUGAUCAGUCUAUAAUUUUAAUGGUAGGUUUAUUUGAACAGUGAGAGACAGAAUAACAACAAAAAAAUCCAGAAAAACGCAUGUCAAAAAUGUUAUAAAUUGAUUUGCAUUUUAAUGAGGGAAAUAAGUAUUUGACCCCCUCUCAAUCAGAAAGAUUUCUGGCUCCCAGGUGUCUUUUAUAUAGGUAACGAGUUGAGAUUAGGAGCACACUCUUAAAGGGAGUGCUCCUAAUCUCAGCUUGUUACCUGUAUAAAAGACACCUGUCCACAGAAGCAAUCAAUCAAUCAGAUUCCAAACUCUCCACCAUGUCCAAGACCAAAGAGCUCUCCAAGGAUGUCAGGGACAAGAUUGUAGACCUACACAAGGCUGGAAUGGGCUACAAGACCAUCGCCAAGCAGCUUGGUGAGAAGGUGACAACAGUUGGUGUGAUUAUUCACAAAUGGAAGAAACACAAAAGCACUGUCAAUCUCCCUCGGCCUGGGGCUCCAUGCAAGAUCUCACCUCGUGGAGUUGCAAUGAUCAUGAGAACGGUGAGGAAUCAGCCCAGAACUACACGGGAGGAUCUUGUCAAUGAUCUCAAGGCAGCUGGGACCAUAGUCACCAAGAAAACAAUUGGUAAGACACUACGCCGUGAAGGACUGAAAUCCUGCAGCGAAUGCAAGGUCCCCCUGCUCAAGAAAGCACAUAUACAUGCCCGUCUGAAAUUUGCCAAUGAACAUCUGAAUAAUUCAGAGGAGAACUGGGUGAAAGUGUUGUGGUCAGAUGAGGCCAAAAUGGAGCUCUUUGGCAUCAACUCAACUCGCCGUGUUUGGAGGAGGUGGAAUGCUGCCUAUGACCUGUGGAGGGAGCUGAAGGUUCGAGUUGCCAAACGUCAGGCUCGAAACCUUAAUGACUUGGAGAAGAUCUGCAAAGAGGAGUGGGAUAAAAUCCCUCCAGAGAUGUGUGCAAACCUGGUGGCCAACUAUAAGAAACGUCUGACCUCUGUGAUUGCCAACAAGGGUUUUGCCACCAAGUACUAAGUCAUGUUUUGCAGAGGGGUCAAAUACUUAUUUCCCUCAUUAAAAUGCAAAUCAAUUCAUAACAUUUUUGACAUGCGUUUUUCUGGAUUUCGUUGUUGUUAUUCAGUCUCUCACUGUUCAAAUAAACCUACCAUUAAAAUUAUAGGCUGAUCAUUUCUUUGUCAGUGGGCAAACAUACAAAAUCAGCAGGGGAUCAAAUACUUUUUUCCCUCACUGUAUUUGUGCUGCAAUUUCUGAGGCUGGUAACUCUAAUGAACUUAUCCUCUGCAGCAGAGGUAACUCUGGGUCUUUCAGUCGUGUGGCGGUCCUCAUGAGAGCCAGUUUCAUCAUAGCGCUUGAUGGUUUUUGCGACUGUACUUGAAGAAACUUUCAAAGUUCUUGAAAUGUUCUGAAUUGACUGACCUUCAUGUCUUAAAGUAAUGAUGGACUGUCGUUUCUCUUUGCUUAUUUGAGCUGUUCUUGACAUAAUAUGGACUUGGUCUUUUACCAAAUAGGGCUAUCUUCUGUAUACCCCCCCUACCUUGUCACAACACAAUUGAUUGGCUCAAACACAUUAAGAAGGAAAGAAAUUCCACAACUUUUAACAAGGCACACCUGUUAAUUUAAAUGCAUUCCAGGUGACUACCUCAUGAAACUGGUUGAGAGAAUGCCAAGAGUGUGCAAAGCUGUCAUCAAGGCAAAGGGUGGCUAUUUGAAGAAUCUCAAAUAUAAAAUAUAUUUUGAUUUGUUUAACCCUUUUUCUUUGGUUACUACAUGAUUCCAUAUGUGUUAUUUCAUAGUUUUGAUGUCUUCACUAUUAUUCUACAAUGUAGAACAUUUUAAAAAUAAAGAAAAACCCUUGAAUGAGUAGGUGUGUCCAAACUUUUGACUGGUAGUGUACAUACAUUUCAAAUAAAAUCCAAUAUUCAUCUCCCAGGACAAAUUAGCUAGCAAUAGCAAGCUAGCUUAAUGACCAUGAAUUUUUUCAUGUGUGUUUUGACAUGCCCCCAAAUUGAUAUUGUUGGUUCACAGUUGGUUUUGAUAUUUUAACCUGCGUGUCAUGAUCAACAUGCGCAACAAAAAUCAACAUGCGCACGAUGGUGCAUGAAGAUGCACGCGCGUGGCCUGUGUAGUCAGCAUGUUAGUUAUAUAUCAGUCAUUCAGAGGUGCUAUGAACUAUCAGCAUUGAUUAUAAUGACCUGGUGAUUCAAGUCAUGCUGAUAUUUUUCAAACGUUUAUGUGAAGCUGACUCAUUAGUCAUAGGUAUGACCAUGCACACAUUCCUUUAGUACUGUAGCUCUGCUAUACACCAAACACACUGAACCCACACAGUACAGUCAACACUAGCUCUGCUCUUAGGCUGCGUUUAGACAGGCAGCCCAAUUAUGAUAUUUUUUCCACUCAUUUAUCUUUUGACCAUUCACAUCAGAUCUUUUCACAUCAGGUGAAAAGACCAAUGAAUGAAAAAAAGAUCAGAAUUGGGCUGCCUGUCUAAACAGCCAAAGAUAGCUCAAUUGACUGUAGCAGCAGGACUUUAAACAUUGCUUUCUGGAUCACUUGCAAUCACACAGGAGCCCAAUGCUGAAGGAAACAAGGUAAGGGUGCAUCGUUGUUUUUUAUUUUGGUUUGAUUUGUUCUGCUUUUAUCUCUAUAAUUUAUUUUACUAACAUCAUCUCGCAAACAAAUCACUUUGGCCACUUGCAGCGCAAUCUUGGAUUUUAUGGAAUCUUUACAGAGCAUACUCUAUAAUAGAAAAUCUGACGAACAGCAGCGGCAUCAGUUUGGAUUAAGAUGUCAUAUGAAAACAAUAGACUAAUUGAAUUAUAUUAACUGUAAAAAAAAAAUAUAUAAAAAAAAAUAUUUUCAUUUGUAAUGGUAAGACAAUUUAUGUCACACCCAGUAGUUUUAACAUGAGAAGAUGCUGAUAUUCCAUGGUAAAAGCUUCCAGAAAGCCCAUUGUAGCGCUGUCUCUCGGUGGCCCAAUUUCUUGUGGAAUCGAUCAAAGUGACUUCCUUUAAAUAUUUGCUCGCUACUUAUCUACACAUGUAACGUUGCUUUAAAAAUAGCUAUAUGGAAAAAAUCUAAUAAACAUUGCCAGGGUUAAAUACAGUGAAGGCUGUAUAUUCUCCAUGGCUUUGUUUGACACAUACAGUACUUCAAAUAAAUCUCCAGAGAGAAUCUCUUAAAAGUUUCAGAAUCAUAGUAGUACAUUUCAAUGUAAUGUCUUUUAAGUGACAUGACAAGCAAUGCCAACAUAGCCGCAGGUUUGUAGCAAGCAUAUAUGAUGAGUGUGAGUAGUAGAUGUAGUUUUGCUGAUGGUGGUAGUAGUAGUAACUCCUCAGGGAGGGUGUGUAGCUUCAUUCCUCUGUGUGUUACUGUUAUGAUCUCUGUGUUUCCGGCAUGUGUUUGGUUUGAUGAACAGGGGGUGUGGUGGUGUGUGACGUCAUCUAGUUGUCUAUACUAUGUCUGCGUCCCAAAUAGUAGAGCACUAUAUAGGGAAUAGGAUGCCAUUUGGGACGCAGUCUUAUAUAUGCCUGACUGAUUUCAUAGGUCAGGGUCUCUGAUUUAGUGUGUAUCAUGGGAAGCAUGGCGAAGCAAUUACAGUACAUUAUGAAGUUCCAUCCCCUCAGGCGCCUGGAAUCAAUCCAACUGUCAUGUGUGUGGGGGUUAUGGUUAGUGUCAUGUUGAGGACGCGCAGGCCCGGUGGCUGGAUAAAGUGACUAAGGGGGCAUUUUAAAUCGGCAAGGGGGGCACCAUUUUUUGAAUGAAAGGAUAGAUGGGGUAAUUCACCUAUUACAAACAGCCUAUGUUAAUGAAGCGGUACACACAGCUGUCUUUAAAAAAUCAUGCUAAUAAAUAGGCCUAUAGACCCGCUUCGAACAUGGAAUUCAUGAGUUCAGCAACACAUUGUGAUAUGGCACAAUACACUUCUGUGUGUCAAAUUCAACCAACGUAAUUAGUUAAGCAAUGCCAGCCUACCAUAAACACGUUUCCAAUAUGUACAGUUCCAUUUACAACCACGGAAAGCAAUACGCAACCAAGAAAACCAUAGAAAUAGAAUGUAUCUAUUUCUAUGAUGAAACAUACCGAUAUGUAGCUAUACCCAGGAGCAUCAUUUGGGUUCUUGUAUUGGAAUAUUACAUUCUGCUUAAAUCACGCUAUAUCAUGUAUAUCACGCUAUAUCAUGAUACACAUAAAAGUUAAAAUGCCGAGACCAUUGAGUGCUUUUGAAAUGACAGAUUGGUGCGAAAUCUGUAUCUCCACUGCACUGUAUCAGCACCAUGGACAGCACCCUACACACUAGGGCUGGGCGGUAUACCGUAUUUUACUAUAUACCGGUAUUGACACACAGACUGGUUUGGAUUUUUACUUGACCUUCUAUAACGGUAUUUGAAAGUUUUGGUUUGAUAAAUGUGAUACGCCGUGUGUAAUUACCAUUUUUAUAGUUUACUUCCCUACUUGAGUCAUCGCUCUCCGCUCCCUCUCUUUUCAUGCCGCUUUCCACACAGACCUAGCUCCGCCCCCUGUCAUUCAAGGAGCGCAUUUGUUGUACCUCGACCACGAGACACUUGCGUUCAGUCUACAUGGUCAAUGCAGCGAAUGCAAAAAUGUUGAUGACAAAGAUGCUGUUUUCACUUUGCUUCUUAAUGUAAAUCCACUAGCAUUCUAUAAUUACACUAUUAGUUUGUGUUUACAUCUGGAAACAACUAGUUUGUAUUUUCUAAGCAAGUUGGGCCUAUAUCUUGUUAGCCGUUAAUGCUAAUCACUAGUUAGCUGGUAAGCUAGCUCAAAUCAAAUCAAAAUCUGGCAAACAUAUAAUUAGCUAUACAGCCUGAUAAUACCAGUGAUGGUGUAGACCUAAAUCAGCAUGUUGUUUGUGCAACAGUAUCUUCUAAAUCAAAGAGGAAUACGCGAAGCAUGAAUAUGUUAGCGACAUGAAGUAGCAAAGAGAAAACAGUCAAUGUAGCCAAAGAUUAUAGGGUCACCUAGGAAACACCUAUCAACACUUUGGUUCCUACCCUGUCACAAUAACUCCUCCCUGGCAUUUUCAUUCGUUGUCAUGUCAAACAACACUGUAUUCAAAGUAGGGUUUAAUAUUUUCAUAGUAUUUUACAAAUGUUCCAUCCCGAGAAUAAAUCACUUUUCUCUUGGGUAACCCGGUAUUUCCCGCCAAAACCGGAAGUGUCAUUCAAGCAUUAUCAAGUGUAUAAAUAGGCCUAUGUCUGGAGUUGAUUAGAUCUUUGAUCAAAAAUUCAAGCCUGAUGCUACCAGAGCCUGAUUAGCCAUACAUUAAAUACAUUUUAUGAGCCCUACAUUAAAGACAUUUAUUGAGCCCAAGCGCAAAAAAGCCCAAAUGAUUGUGUCAUUAUCCAAUACAUAGAUGAUAUAGGCUACCUCACAUUACGCACGACAGAAAAACAUAAAAGCCCAUAGAUGUAGCUAGCUAUAUGCUCUCUUGGGUAAGGACAUUAAACUACCUUCAGUAGGCUAAUCUUUUUGCGCGUGAACUGUAUUACUGUACUGUUUUGUAUUAUACUGUAUUAUAUGGACUGGAAUUGCGCACAUCGUUCAAACCAUGAUAAAGCAGGGAGAUAACAUGCGAUUCUGGUGCAGCACAUGCGGCCUACAAAGUUACAAGAAUAGGCUAGCGAACUUGAUUUUAAUUUUGAAAUAUAAUAGGGCCUAUUUGUAUAAUUAGUAGGCUGACGCAUAUAUAUCUUUCAUAAUAUUUCCCCUAAUGUUAUUAGCCUACCUCCUCUUUCUAUCUAGUGUUGCUUCAUUCCUUCCUCGCUUUAUUUUCAACAGUUAAAUGAAAUACAUUUUGUUGUCCUUAUCUUCAUCAUUCUAAUGACAUCAUUGAAUAGUAUAAGAAUAUAAUUAGAUGCAGAAGGCUUUCACUUCUCUUCAUGAAGAUUGAAUGGUUAUGGGACUGAAUAAAUAAUUGCUAUAGCCUACCGCCAUCGCACGUUCGCUCUUCUUUCAAACUACUCGUGAGUCCUACUGGCUGCUGUAUUUAACAUUCAGCAAAAAAGAGCUUGCAUCCGUCUUUGAAUAGUCUAUUGGUAUAGUAAAUGCUAAAAAAAUGAUGUCCCGCAAGCUAUUCUAGUCUAGCUUUUCCUGCAUGGGGACUCCCAAGAGCUAAGGAGCAUUUUCUAAGGAGAGGCCAGUGGAGCGCAGGUGCGUGCGUAUUGUUUAAGAGACAGAGUCUACAAGUUAGAAGCUUGUUAUGCAUAACCCAUCAAUAAUUAGCUAAAUAUAAGGCUAAUACUGCAUUGAAUGUAUUACCUGAAAGAGGUAGGCUAGGACAACUAUAUAUAGGGCUACAUCUCAAUCUAGGACAGGAUUAUCUAUACUGAACAAAAAUAUAAAGGCAACAAUUUCAAAGAUUUUACUGAGUUACAGUUCAUAUGAGGAAAUGAGUCAAUUGAAAUAAAUUCAUUAGGCCAUAGCAUAAUAUAUGGAUUUCACAUGACUGGGAAUACAGAUAUUCAUAUGUUGGUCACAUAUACCUUUAAAAAUAAUGGGCCUCACAAUGGGUAUCAGGAUCUCGUCACUGUAUUUUUGUGCAUUCAAAUGGCCAAAUUGCAAUUGUGUUCGUUGUCCGUAGUUUAUGCCUGCCCAUACCAUAACCCCACCGCGGGGCACUCUGUUCACAACGUUGGCAUCAGCAAACCGCUCGCCCACACAAUGCCAUCCAUAUGGUCUGCUGUUGUGAGGCCGGUUGGAUACACUGCCAAAUUCUCUAAAACGACGUUGGAGGUGGCUUUUGGUAGAGAAAUGAACAUUAAAUUAUCUGGCAACAGCUCUGGUGGACAUUCCUGCAGUCAGCAUGCCAAUUGCAUGCUCCCUCAAAACUUCAGAUAUCUGUGGCAUUGUGUUUGACAAAAUUGCACAUUUUAGAGUGGCUUUUUAUUGUCCCCAAUACAAGGUCCACCUGUGUAAUGAUCAUGCUGUUUAAUCAGCUUCUUGAUAUGCUACACCUGUCAGGUGGAUGGAUUAUCUUGGCAAAGGAGAAAUGCUCACUAAGCUUUUCUGGGAUCUUUUAUUUCAUGAAACAUGGGACUAACACUUUACGUGGUGCAUUUAUAAUGUUGUUCAGUGCCUUCGGAAAGUGUUCAGACCCCUUGACUUUUUCCACAUUUUGUUACGUUACAGCCUUAUUCUAAAAUACAUAAAAUAAAAAAUACAAUCCUCAUCAGUCUACACACAAUACUCCAUAAUGACUAGGUCUCACCUGGAAAGAGAUGUCUAAAAUAGCCCUGGGCCCAGUUUCCCGAUAGCGAUGUUUCUUAGGCUUACGAGUAUUUUAACGAUGCAUCUUUCCUACAAAGUGUACACAUACAUGUUAUUCAAUCAUUGCACCCACACUGCUCGCGCGUCAACGACCAUCUGCGUAGCCAGGGGCUAAAAUAGAACUUUGUUCUAUUUGUGACGCUUGACGCACUGCAAGUCCCGCCUCUCCUCAUUGGUUUUUAGGAGCAUAUACCCACGUGGGUGAUUGAAAGAUGAACUGAGGUCCACACUCCAGUCCAGUUGGUGGUGGUAAUGCACCUUAAAGUUGGUUGCCAACCUCCAUAUAAAGUCAGUAGAAGAAGUCUGAAGGAGGAGAGAUUACUAGAAACGAACUCGGUUUACCCUUUUAUCUGUGGAUUAAUUGUCGGAGUAAAGGACCUUGUGCAUUUCAGGUAAAAUAGCAACCCAAUGUUUAUAUUCCAGGACAAAUUAGCUAGCAACAGCAAGCUAGCUAAAUUGCCAUAAAUGUUUAAUGCUUUUCGACCUGUCCCCAAAUUAAUAUAGUUGGUUCAGAGUUUGUUUUGAUAUUUCAACCUGCGUGUCCUGAUCGCGUCUGGUGUGUGUGGACAAAAUCAACAUGCGCACGAUGGCGGACGCAAGCGCGCACCCGGUCUAGUCAACAUGUUAGAUUACGAGUGUUUUAAAGUGCAACGGUAAUAAUAGUGGUUUUGGGAAACAGCUCUGGGAUUUAACGAUGCUCCUACGAAGGUUCUAACGAUGAAUUUAGCCUUUGAAGAUGCUUUUGGGAAACCGGGCCCUGGACAGGAAGAGAUGGAGGGAGCUUGUGGAGGCCUUGGUGGGAUGAGUCCUAACUGAAAAUGUAUUGCCUCUGGCAGAACUGGUUUUACAUCAGGCUCUCAUAGCCCACUAGGCUGGCAGUGGCACUGCUGUCGACUGUCGGUCUGUCCUCUCUGCUUUGUCCUUUAUGACUUUUUAUGGCUGUGUGUUAGUUUGUGCUCCUCCUCUCUGCUCCCGUGUGAUGGAGUGCUCUCCCAGCUCACUAGGUUUAAAUAGAUAAUGUGUUGGAGGGAAGGACACAAGGAUUCUGCACUGAUGGGGUGUAGUACGUUAGUUUGUCCUGUGGUUUCCUUCAUCUGAAAGAAAGGGUUUUGUGGGGAGGUGUAGGCUAGUUUUUGACAUGUUGCAAUAUAACACAGUCCUUGUUGACUUCUACUCCAGACUGUGUGGAGGAGGGGUAUGACUCAUGGUUGUUGGGUUGAAUCUCAGGCAGGCAGGUGGUUUCUAGCUCUAUGCCCCUUAGUGAAACCUGAAACAACACUAUAGUAAAUCAUGAGUAAUGCUUUGAGCAGCAGGUUCAGGUUUGCAGGAAUUUGCCCCACCCUUCCCUAGCUUCCAUCAGCCUUUCAUGCAUGCACGACCACAUCAGGAUUUUAUAGUAACUUUGUGUGCGUCCUAAAUGGCACCCUAUGCCCUUCAUAGUGCACUACUUUUGACCAGGGCACUACAUAGGGAAUAGGGUGCCAUUUGGGACGCACACUUCCUCUAGCCAUGACUAAUUACCUUCCAGUAAGCCAAUGUUUCAGCGAUGGUCACACAUUAGCCUUGGGCCUAUAUACUCUCAGCCUAAAGAUUGCUCUUUGAAUCAUUGGCUUGCACAGGGGUUAUGGUACACAAUCCACUGUGCACACACACACACACACACACUGUUUAUUUGAUAGUUGAUUAAUCAUUGAUGGGGGUGUUUAAUUGCAGACGGAGAGGGAGCCGCCGGAGGAGGUCAGUCAGAAUUCACUAACUAAACAUUAAAUAACUGUUGUGAGAUGUUUGUAAAGGCUCCCUGUAAAAACUUGUGAUUUUCUUAUAUAUUUUAAAUUGUAUUUAACCUUUAUUUAUCCAGGAAGUCCCAUUGAGGUCAGAAGACCUAUUUUCCAAGGGAGACAUAGAUAUAUAUGAUACAUUUCUUUGUAUAUAUUAGAACUGAAAAGUUCCAGUGAUGUGCCUUUGCCAAGCCCCAGCAGAGGUGUGUGUUGUGGAGCAGCUGGUGUGGUGGGGCCAGGAGUCUGGCUGGGGGUGUGGUCCAGCCUCUAGAUUGGGGACAGCCUUGCCGGCAGGUCAGGUCGGUGCGGAGGGGGGGCACCGACCACUGUGCUCUGUCUGUUUCAGGAAUGGGAGGCGGAGAGCCACGACUGGUACUGCUUUGAGUGCCACCUGCCCGGAGACGUGCUUGUGUGCGACAACUGCUUCCGUGUCUAUCACCUAAAAUGCCUGUCGGAUGAAUACAAGCCCCGGGACAGCGGAUCCCACUGGCAGUGUGUGGUGUGCAGGGUAUGUACUCCUAUAGGCGGCAGGAAGCCUAGCGGUUAGAGUGUUGGGCCAGUAACCGAAAAUUAGCUGGUUGGAAUACCCGAGGAGAAAAAUCUGUCUGUGCCCUUAAGCAAAGCACUUAACCCUACUUUGCUCCUGUGGCGCCGUACUACUAUGGCUGACCCUGGAAAACAACACAUUUCACUGCACCUAUCUGAUGUAUGUGACAAUAAAACAUAUUAUAUACACAGUCAGUUGUAAUCUACUGCUAGCUCCACGUGGUUUGAAUAGAGAGCUGGAUGGGUUACAGAGUCUUACUGACCUUUCUCUCUCUCUCUCUCUGUCAUGUGAAUUUCUAUCUCUAAUUCAACCUAAGCUUGAAUCAUUACCAGAGGUUGUAAGGCUCUGGUUUUAAUCAUCAAUGAUUCAAGGUCCACAACCCACAAGUAUUUAUCUGUAUAUUUAUUCAUGGAGAGCUCUCCCGCCAAAGACACAAACAUACGAUUUUAUACCUCCUGGACUUGACUCCUCCCACCUUUAGGUGGGUUUUCUAAACAGUUUCCGCCUUCCCCUUCACCCUUGAAUGUUUAGUACCGCCCCCUCUGUUAGUGGGUUGACACUACAUGAUAAUUCUAACAUUUAUACUGUAUUUGGGGUGAAAUCCUUUAGUCAUUAUUCUUAAAAUCCAAAUUAAUCUAACACUCUCUCUCUCUGCAGGGUAGUAAAAAGAAGAACCUGAACAAGCAGGAGAUGUGCAAAUACCUGCGAUUUAUCAUUCAGCGCAUGAAAGAGAGGGUGAGUGUUAGUUUUGUGUUCAGCGUAGGUAUGCAGGACCAGGCUGUGGCACUGGCUGCAUCCCAAAUGGUGCCCUAUUCCCUAUAUAGUGCAAUUCUUUUGACCAGCCCUCCUAUAGGGCUCUGAGGGUGCCAUUUGGAACGCAACCACUGUAUUGAAUCAGAGCUCUGCCAUGUUUUAUUCCACUUUAAAUCAAGGCCAGUCAAAGUCCCACCACAAUGGCUUUGGUUGAUUCCAGCUCCCCUCCUCCUCUUCGCCCAUAAAUCGUACUAUUUCUCUCCUGGCACUGCAGGCUGUGGACCUGAACAAGAAAGGCAAAGACACUCAACACCCGAUGUACAGGAGGCUCAUCCACACCACGCUGGACGUCACCAACAUUCAGGAGGUAACUGGCCGCAAUACACUGCUGAACACAAUGGCACCCUAUUUCCUAUGUAGCGCAUUACCUUUGACAAAAGUAGUGCACUGUAUAGGGAAUAGGGUGCUAUUUGGGACUCAGCCCAUGUUGUUUGGUGAGGGACUGUGUAAGGGCACGUCAGAUGUAGCCCCAGUAUAAAGCUGUGAUUGUGUAGCUGAGGCUACAGGCUAUCAGAUUGCCUCUCCUCACAGCGAGGGGGUCAGUGAGGUCUCCUCUGCACCGUGACCACUGGUAGUUCCCGCCAGCCAAGCCAUGCCUGCCAAAUAGGCUGGGAAACAGCACAGCGCUCCCUGACACUGUCCCAGGGUAGUAUUCAUUAGUGCACACUGUAGCAAAACGUUCAGCUCAGUCCCUCCCUGUUCCAGUCGGUUUUCCUCUGUUUGAUGCCUAGUGAAUACGACCCAGGCCUCUGGAUAGGCUGGAAAACAGCAUAGCGCCUCUCUGGCUUGGGUCUCGGUCUCUGGAUCUGUGGUGCACUGCCCUCCUCUGGUCUCUUAUGGUACUGCAACCGCACAACACAGCCCCCUCUGCUUCCCUACCUAGUGGGAAUGAAUAGUCCUCUUUGUGUUCUCUGUCUCUGUGUUGCAGAACCUCACCGAGGGGAAAUACAAGAGCUUUGACGAGUUCAAGGCAGAUGCCCAGCUGAUCGUGCACAACACCGCCAUCUUGUUUGGAGGUGGGGGGCAUUCACAACCAGGCUGUUAUUAUGGGAUGCGUCCCAAAUGGCAUCCUAUUCCCUUCAUAGUGCACUACUUUUGACCAAGGACCAAAGAGCUCUGGUCUACAGUAGUGCACUAUAUAGGGAAUAAUGUGCCAUUUGGGACACAUCCGUGAAGAGCAUGUUUUGCUAUCAGAUUUCCCUCCUACUAUUAUUAAUUGCAGCUUUGAAAUAAGACCAUAUAAACUCAGCAAAAAAAGAAACGUCCUCACUGUCAACUGCGUUUAUUUUCAGCAAAAUUAACAUGUGUAAAUAUUUGUAUGAACAUAUAAGAUUCAACAACUGAGACAUAAACUGAACAAGUUCCACAGACAUGUGGGCGGCAGGUAGCUUAGUGGUUAAGAGCGUUGUGCCAGUAACCGAAAGGUCGCUGGUUCUAAUCCCCGAGCCAAGUAGGUGAAAAAUCUGUCAAUGUGCCCUUGAGCAAGGCACUUAACCCUAAUUGCUCCUGUAAGUCGCUCUGGAUAAGAGUGUCUGCUAAAUGACAUAAAUGUAAAUGUAACAGAAAUUGAUUAAUGUGUCCCUGAACAAAGGGGGGGUCAAAAUCAAAAGUAACAGUCAGUAUCUGGUGUGGCCACCAGCUGCAUUAAGUACUGCAGUGCAUCUCCUCCUCAUGGACGGCACCAGAUUUGCCAGUUCUUGCUGUGAGAUGUUACCCCACUUUUCCACCAAGGCACCUGCCUUGGGUGGAAUGGCCCUAGCCCUUCUUUUUUUGCAGAGUUUAGUAGUUGUGGCAGAAAUGUAAUUUUAAAGAAGCAAAGUCUGAUUAUCUACCAAAAAAUGCAAAGGACCAUGGCUCUAUGUAGUUAGUUAAAAUUGUUUAUUGUGAUGGCAUGUUUAAUGGAACAAAAUCUUUACAAUGUACACUAUGUUCAAAAGUUUGGGGUCACUUAGAAAUGUCCUUGUUUCCAAAAGAAAAGCAAUUUUUUUGUCCAUUAAAAUAACAUCAAAUUGAUCAGAAAUACAGUGUAGACAUUGUUAAUGUUGUAAAUGGCUAUUGUAGCUGGAAACGGCUGAUUUUUAAUGGAAUAUCUACAUAGGCGUACAGAGGCCCAUUAUCAGCAACCAUCAGUCCUGUGUUCCAAUGGCACGUUGUGUUUGCUAAUCCAAGUUUAUUAUUUUAAAAGGCUAAUUGAUCAUUAGAAAACCCUUUUGCAAUUAUGUUAGCACAGCUGAAAACUGUUGUGCUGAUUAAAGAAGCAAUAAAACUGGCCUUCUUGAGACUAGUUGAGUAUUUGGAGCAUCAGCAAUUGUGGGUUUGAUUACAGGCUCAAAAUGGCCAGAAACUAAGAACUUUCUACUAAAACUCGUCAGUCUAUUCUUGUUCUGUGAAAUGAAGGCUAUUCCAUGCGAGAAAUUGCCAAUUGUACAACGCUGUGUACUCCCUUCACAGGACUGAUGGUUGCUGAUAAUGGGCCUCUGUACACCUAUGUAGAUAUUCCAUAAAAAAUCAGCUGUUUCCAGCUACAAUAGCCAUUUACAACAUUAACAAUGUCUACACUGUAUUUCUGAUCAAUUUGAUGUUAUUUUAAUGGUAAAAUUUGUUGCUUUUCUUUCGAAAACAAGGACAUUUCUAAGUGACCCCAAACUUUUGAACGGUACUGUACUUACAUUUGCCAUUUGAGUCAUUUAGCAGACGCUCUUAUCCAGAGCGACUUACAGUUAGUGAAUGCAUACAUUUUUCAUACUUCAAUGUUAUUUUCCCAACAUUAACGAAACCUGUUUUUGUUGCAGUUCAUAGUGACCAGGCUGAAAUAGCGCGGUUGCUCUACAGUGACACAUGCCAUGAGGUAAACUGUUGUUGUUUUUUCUGCCAUAAAUAUGACAGAUUUGUAUUGUAGUAUUCUAGGUGGUUGUGUUGAGUGGCAGGGCAGCUGUUCUCUCUGUAUCUCUUCCUCAUUCGCUUCAUCUAUCUCUCUCUCCAGUUAAAUGAGUUGAUACUGUGUAAGAACUGUUUCUACCUGUCCAACGCUCGCCCUGACAACUGGUUCUGCUACCCCUGUGUGAGUAUGAAACUGUCUUGACUUCAAUGCUCCUGGGGAAUUGAUUGUUUAAAUGAUCAAGAUAUCAACUAAAUGUAAUAUUGGCCAUAAUGUUAGGGCUAUGUCUGAAGCACCACUAUAGCCCCAAUAGAAUUGCCCUAAGGAGACAAAUAAUGUUGAUUGAAUUGUAUCCGUGUAUUAUCUAGUGUUGUUUGCUGUGCCCUGUGUGCUGAUCUGUGGUUGUGGUGGUUGUUGCAGACUCCUAAUCACGAGGUGGUGUGGGCUAAGAUGAAGGGCUUUGGCUACUGGCCGGCCAAGGUCCUGCAGAGAGAGGACAAUCAGGUGGACGUCCGCUUCUUUGGCCACCAGCACCAGAGGUCAGCCAUCACACUGAUACAGAGGCUGCUUCCCAAAUGGCACUCUAUUCCCUAUACAGUGCACUACCUACAACCAAAAGUUAAUCAAAAGGAGUGCACUAUAUAGGGAAUAAGGUGCUAGAACUCUGAACAUGUUUCCCACCAGAGGUCAGCCAUCACACUCAUACUGAUAGACAUGGCAUAGUUAUCAUGCCACUGCAUACACAACAGCUUUAUCACUAGGACACAAGUUCUCUCGACCUGAGGACCAACUGUAUUGACAGACAGAGCGGCGGAUAUAUCAUAGUGGAUCAUUUAAAACAUUCGAUCCCCUAGAAUUUCUUGUCUGUACACUAUAAUUUCUAGCCGGACGACUCACACUAAAUUAUUCCGCUGCUCUGUUGUUCGCUACGUACAGUUGAAGUCGGAAGUUUACAUACGCUUAGGUUGGAGUCAUUAAAACUUGUUUUUCAACCACUCCACACAUUUCUUGUUAACAAACUAUAGUUUUUCCAACAAUUGUUUACAGUCAGAUUAUUUCACUUAUAAUUCACUGUAUGACAAUUCCAGUGGGUCAAAAGUUUACAUACACUAAGUUGACUGUGCCUUUAAACAGCUUGGAAAAUUCCAGAAAAUGAUGUCAUGGCUUUAGAAGCUUCUGAUAGGCUAAUUGACAUCAUUUGAGUCAAUUGGAGCUGUACCUGUGGAUGUAUUUCAAGGCCUACCUUCAAACUCGGUGCCUCUUUGCUUGACAUCAUGGGAAAAUCAAAAGAAAUCAGCCAAGACCUCAGACAAAAAAUUGUAGACAUCCUUGGGAGCAAUUUCCAAACGCCUGAAGGUACCACGUUCAUCUGUACAAACAAUAGUACGCAAGUAUAAACACCAUGGGACCACGCAGCCGUCAUACCGCUCAGGAAGGAGACACGUUCUGUCUCCUAGAGUUGAACAUACUUUGGUGUGAAAAGUGCAAAUCAAUCCCAGAACAACAGCAAAGGACCUUGUGAAGAUGCUGGAGAACGGACAAAGUUUAUAUCCCAGUAAAACGCCUAUAGGGACAUAACCUGAAAGCCGUAGCAAGAAUACCCUUCUCCAAAACGCCAUAAAAAGCCAGACUACGUGCAUUGGGGCAAAGAUCGUACUUUUUGGGAAAGUCCUCUGGUCUGAUGAACAAAUAGAUACGUUGGCCAUAAUGACCAUCUGAGGAAAAGGGGGUGAUGCAAACUGAGAACACCAUCCCACGGAGCCAGGGUGGAAGCACAGUAGGGAGGCUUUGCGCAGGAGGGACUGUGCAUCUUCACAAAUAAUGGCAUAUGAGAAGGAAUUAUUGAAUAUUGAAGCAACUCAAGACAUCACGAGUUAAGCAAUGGUCGCAAAUGGGUUCCAAAUGAUGACCCAAGCAUACUUGUGGCAAAUGGCUUAAGGAAACAAAUCAGUAUGGAGUGGCCACAAAAAUGUCAUCCUAUAGAAAUUUGUGGGAAGAAUGAAAAAGCUGUGCGAGAAAAAGGCCUAAACCUGACUCAGUACACAGCUCUGUCAGGAGGAAUGGGCCAAAAAUUGCACCCAAAUUAUUGUGGGAAGCUUGUGGAAGGCUACCCGAAACGUUUGAUCCAAGUUCAACAAUUUUCAAAGGCACUGCUUACCAGAAAUACUAAUUGAGUGGUAUGUAAAUUUCUUGACCCACUGGGAAUGUGAUGAAAGAAAUAAAAGCUGAAAGAAAUCAUUCUCUCUACUAUUAUUCUGACAUUUCACAUUCUUAAAAUAAAGUGGUGAUCCUAACUGACCUAAGACAGGGUAUUUUUACUAGGAUUAAAUGUCAGGAAUUGUGAAACUGAGUUUAAAUGUAUUUGGUUAAGGUGUAUGUAAACUUACGACUUCAACUGUACUUCAGUCUGAGAUUGCCAUCAUUGAAGUCAUUUGUGGUAAGGGGCGUUGUACCAAACAAAGUCAUCAGAGUAUCAAAGCCAAUGAUGAAUUUUCAAACCUCCACUUUACCCACGUGUGUUCUGGCUCUGGCCCAACCCAUCAGUUUCUGGACCAAUCAGACGGCCCGAAUGUGUUCGCAUUAGGUGAAGGGUCGGGGAGGCACUCAGAUCCAGACUCAUUACGGAGAAGAAACUAACGUCCGUGGGCGUGGCGUAGCGUUUGGCAGGAGCAAGGAGUCUGGGUAGCCAGGCAAUAUUAUUUCUCCUGGCUAUGGAGCUUUGGGAGAUUCCUUGGCUGCUCUUACUGUUGUCCCCCCUCCUCUCCCUCUUCCUCCCUCUCCUCCUUGUCCCCAGAGCAUGGAUCCCUGCAGACAACAUCCAGGACAUCAAGGUGUCGGUGCAGCAGCUUCAGGUGAAGCGCAGUGCUGGCUGGAAGAAGGCCUGUGAUGAGCUGGAGUUGUCCCAGUGCUUCCAGAGGGAGGGUCGCUUCUGGAAAACCAAGAUGGUGGAGAGGCUGGAGGAGAGGAGAGGAGACGGAGAGGAGAGGCUGACAGAGAGGGCGGAGGAGGCAGAGUCCUCCAUCUCCUCCACCAGCAACAACAACGAGCAGGUCAAACAUGUACGUAUGCGUGCACUAGCCUCACACACACUCUUUCUCCCACACACACAUGUACAUACAGAGGUAUUUUUUUAUUUGCAUGUUGAAAAUAAACUCACUAACAGCUGCUUUGGUGUGUUUUUAGUAGGUAAUUGCUCCACCUGGUGGCUGAUUUAAUAUUACAGGUCCUGUAAGAAAUUAUGUUGAAUUUCAAUGAUUUGAGAAGGUGACGAUCAACACAAACACCAUCUGUAUUGUCAUGGCUCUAGCUCUAAUAGUUGCCAUGGUAAUGGAAACGCUUAUCCAACAGAGGUGUUAGACAUCUCUGAUACUGCAGUUCUGUAAUCCAAUAUGUUAUGUUUCUCCACAGCAGAAAGCAGAAAGACAGGCAGACCGAGACCGUCAGCCAGACAGGCAGGAGCCUAAAGCAAAGAAGAGCCGUCGCAGUCAAGCUCCUGAGCCCAAAGAGGAAGCCAGUGUAAGUAUCCCAGCACUACUGUUGGACGGUCACCUCAGCCAGUGUCUUACUAUGGUAUGUGUCUGAGUUUUAGGGCUUGAUUUAAUCCGUAUCGCAUAUAGCGCGCUUGACAUUUAAAGGUAAUUUCCGAUUGAGCCGACAUAUGCAGCGUUUACCAUGAGUGCAGUCUCCGCAUUGCCUUUAAAGUUAAAUCGCACUGUAGCACUAAACUUUGGUGAUAUGGGUUGAAUUGAGACCUUAAUUGCGUGUGUAGGGAGAUUUAUGCGUGUGUGUCUGUUUCUAUGUUUGUUUGCUUGUUUCUCUCUCCAUCUCUAACCCCGUCCCUCUCUCCUCCAGGACCCGGAGCCUGAGAUGGAGGCUGUGAGCAGCAGCCAGGAGAUCCCUGUGACGACGCCCCACCAGCCAGAGAAGCUGUCUGUCUCUACGCAGACCAAGAAGGCCUCGGCCGCCUCGCCACGCACCCUGCACCGCAGCACCCAGACCACCUCUGACGGAGCCUGCCAGAACAUGUGCCACGAGAAGUACACCAAGAUCUUCAACGACGUCAAGGACAUGAUGAAGGCCGACAACAAGAGGGAGACAGAGCGCAUGGUCCGAGAGGCCCUGGAGAAGGUGAGGGACUGAGGGGGUCCGAGAGGCCCUGGAGAAGGUGAGGGACUGAGGGGGUCUGAGAGGCCCUGGAGAAGGUGAGUGACUGAGGGGGUCUGAGAGGCCCUGGAGAAGGUGAGGGACUGAGGGGGUCUGAGAGGCCCUGGAGAAGGUGAGGGACUGUGGGAUUGAGACAGAGUAGGACAUGGAACAGUAAGACACUGAGAAAAGGAAACGAGCUAAAACACGCGAGUAUACCACAUGUAUCAGAGUUGAGGGUCAUUUUCUGUGGUGUGUGUCGCCAGUUGCGUUCUGAGAUGGAGGAGGAGAAGAGGCAGGCGGUGAGCAAGGCAGUGUCGGGGGCCCAGGCUGAGAUGGAGAGAAAGUGUAAGACGGUGAAGGAGAAGUGUAAGGAGGAGCUGGUGGAGGAGGUGAAGAAGAUGGUGGCCCAGCACAAGCAGCUACUCUCCACCACCAAGAAGAAGCAGUGGGUGAGUGAGACCCUUCUCUUUCCCUCAUUCUCUACCACACACAGCUCAAUCUGUUAACACCAGUGUCUCACUCAUUGAGACCUGAGGGGCUAAAUCCGUAAUAUAUUUGGACAUGCACAGUUCAUUCAUUGUGUUUUUUAAUGGAUUUGUCCUACAGGAGCUAAGCACAUCCUUGACCUUUUCAGAUUUUUAACUCCAUAACCAAAAGGCCAAUACAUAAUUAGAGCAGUACUGGACAGAGUAAAAUAUAAUGUAUCAAUUGAAUAUUACAAUGACUGAACAAAAGCAAAUUAGUUAUUCGUUAAUGUGGUAUUCACAAAUGACCUCAUAGUAAUGUAUGGAAAAAAUCCAAGCCCAAAGAGGGGCCUUUUCAGUUCUGAGUCUGACCGUGUGUGUGAAUCCUCCAGUGUUAUAAUUGUGAGGAGGAAGCCAUGUACCACUGCUGCUGGAACACCUCCUACUGCUCCAUCAAGUGUCAACAGGAGCACUGGCACGCUGACCACAAACGCACCUGCCGCAGGAAGAGAUGAACAGCCCAACCCCCCCCCCCCCCCAGCACGCCUUAACCAUUGGCUCUCCCCGAUGUCACUCACCCAACCACGGCCCUACCUGACUUCCUGAAUCUUUGCGGGAAAAAAAAUGCUAUUUUUAUUUUAUUUCAUUACUUUAUUUAAUAUACCCAGUGUAUUGAUGUAAAAAAAAAAAUAUCAAGAGCAUGGCUCAAAUGAUUAUUUUCUUUAUUUUUAUGAAGUGCUAAUUUGACCUAUGUUGGAGAAUGUGUUAUUUAAGUGUCUAGUAACAGAUGAACAUUACCUGAAUACAUUUUAUUACCUGCAUUUUUUAAAAUCACUUUUCUUACUGUUAAUGUUUAACAAUUAAUAUUAGUCGAUCUUAAACCAUAAGUACUAUUGCAGCAUUGAAUAAGCUCUGCUUUCAUACAGAAAAUAUUUUUUAAAAUGCUGAAAAACAUGAGAAACAAAAUGUAAUCGUGAAAAAAGUAAAUGUAGAUGGUCCAUGAACAUAUUUUGGUGAAUAGCACCUUUUUAUUGUUUUUAUCUAUCAUCUUCAAGUCUCUUAAACAUAAUUGGGAACAGGGUUAUGAAGUCGGCUAUAAAGAUGCUGACAAAAAUCUUCUGUUUGUUAUUAUGCACAUUUUGAAUAUACUGUAAUUUUUAUGAAUUAAAGAAAAAGUUCAACUUUUCUUGGGAAUAUAUAGCAAUCUUUACUGAGCUGGAUCUUAGAGAGGUUCCUUCAUAAUUUGACAGUUUGCACAUUUUAAUUUCAUGACCCAAAUGCUUGUAAUAUUGCCAAAAAUGACAUUUGUUGAACCUUAUCUUAACAGAGAAAGUGUGAGUGCUGUUUUUCCCCCCUCUUUUGUUUAUUGGUUGGCGUCAGUGCCAUGGUUAUUGUGAUGUUCACUGUAAGUACAGUUUUAGAAUACUCAGUGACUAGUUAUUAGACUUUUCACUGCUUAUGCUGUAGUUGGUGGUCAGUGCCUGUUUUUUCAAAAUCAUCCUCAUAUUCUGAGUAAAGAGAUGUGCAUGUUGAUAGUUUCACAUUUUUAUUACUAGAAAAAUAACAGAAGCUUGCAUAGUAUCUUGGUUUCCCAUUAGACAAUGAAUAUGGAUGGACCAAUAUAAAAUAUGCAAAUAUCAAUGAUCAGGCUUAUCUUUUAGUACUUUUGAUUUUUUCUUACUGAAUGGAGUCUGAAUGGUGUGCAAUGUUAUUAUCCUUUGCUUAACUUGUCUUGGAUCAUUUCUUAAAGGGUAAUGUAAUUGCCCAUUUUAUUUAGAACAGAAGUACUAACCAAGAGGCUACUUGGGAAGUCAGCCAUUAUUGUAAGUCCAUGUGACUGUUUCCUUAGUUAUGAAGAGCCGACUGAACAGAGGAAAAGUCAUCCCCUGCAUUCAUUCAUUUUAUUGCCUAGUUUUGGACACCCGGUUUUCAAUGAUGGCAACUUUCUCUCUUCCGUUAGCUCCGACAAGUGUAUCACUUUUCAGAACUAACACAAUUAUUUGUAUUCGUUAGAACACAAUGACAAAUAAUGACGUAUACGAUUUCUUUCAUUUUUUAAAAUUUAUUUUUCUCUUUCCCUGACCCAUAGUCUGUUUUGUUGUUUUUCAUUCAGAGAAGCAGUGUAAUGUUUAGAAGUAAUGAACAAACUGCCUGAUUUGCCACGUUGUAAUAAUGUUCUCAGUUUAAACCUGAUGCACUUCUUCAGGAGACUGAACAGAAUCAUGCAUGCCCUGCACGAAUGCCAGAAUCUCUUUCUCUCCCGAUGUUAACAAAAUCAAAUUCUGUUUGUCAUGGUUGCACUACAUGUAAAUAAACUGGUUCUCUUACACCAUAUCAUUCUAAUGAGUUUAAAGGCUACACACACUGAUGGUGCAUUCUAAUGGGAGUUAUUAACAUGACUGAGGUUUGCAAGUAGUUCACCACUGGUGUGCUGCAGGCUAUAGUUAACUGUCAUCUGCCCUCUAUUUGUAAGGCUAAGAGAGGGGACCAAUGUAAUUUGGAAUCAGAUUAAGCUGUUGAUA